CUCUCCCGGAACACUUCCUCCUGCCUCAUACCAUCACUCUGCCUGUGGCCAGGGACGCACGGGUCACACAGGACAACCUCACAGACUCUGAGGUGGUGAUGGUACCACUGAGGUUCCAUGCCCACGUGGCCGGUCGGUUCCGGUGCCAGCUGGUUCUGCAGUCGUGGCGUGACAUCAGAGUCUACCUGCUGGAAGCCGUGGUUACCGCAGAGGGAGACCACGCCCAGCUAGAGUUCACCACGCCCGCUCACCUGUCUGUCACUCAGGACAUCCCUCUGAUCAAUGAGAGCAGACAGGACUGGCGUCUGCGAGGCUUGGUUAGUGGCUGUGGCUUCUACGGCCCUCCUGUGGUGUACAUACGGGCCGGGGAGAAGACCUGUUACCCCCUUACCUUUAGACCCACCACACAGAGCAUCGUCACGGGCAGGCUGUCCUUGCUGAAUGACACAGAUGGGACGGAGCACAGCUUCACCCUGAGAGGGGUGGGGGAGCGGUCCCUACCCCUGGACCACAUGGUGAUACACUGCUCUGUCAGACAGGUCACACACAGCACCCUGCAGGUCCCCAACUACAGCCAGCACCCCCUCACCUGUCAGGUGGUAUCAGACCUCUCCAUCGUCAGUGGACCGCCCACCUUGGACAUCAAACCAGGUCACACCGUCCCCUACACCGUGUCUGUGUCACCAUGGAAACGAGGGAAACAUGCAGGGUCCAUGUCAUUCCUAGCCGUGGAGAGUGAGACAGGAACAGGGAAUGAGUCCAGGCAAUAUGAGGUGUGGUUCUCUAUAGAGGUCAUAUGUGAUCCUGCUCCUCCCCUGAAGGUGCUGGCUGUGCACUGUGCUGUUCAGAGCUCUGUUGCCGUGGAGAUCCCCCUUAGUAAUCCGGAGGCGGAGCCGCUUGAGCUGUGGGUGUGUCUGGAGGGAGAGGACCUGAGUGGAGAUACCCUGGUGUGUGUCCCUCCCCAGAGCAGUCUCAACUACACAGUCACCUUCUCUCCUGCUGUAGUAGGGAAGAGAACAGACAGUGUGGUCUUCCAGUCGGAGCUGGUGGGAGAGUUCUGGUACCAACUGGACCUGCUGGCCCAACCUCCUGUCCUCACCACCUUACCACAGAGCAGCUGUGAACUGGGAAAGUGGACCAGGCUGUACAUCCCACUGGUCAACCCCACAGACGAGACACUGGAGCUGGGGAUGGUCAACAGCAACCCUCGCAACUUCACCCUUGAGCUGGACAUCAGCAGACCACUCAUCAUAGCACCACACUCGUCCACCCAGGUUCCUGUCCGUUUCAGCCCAUCGACCAUCGGAGCUGGAAACCACACAGCCAAGAUAUCCUUCACCUGCUCUCAGUUGAAACACUGGAGCUUCCAGCUGUGUGGUGAAGGCCUGACCCCUGGGAGGAUGGAGCCUCUGUCUGUAGCCUCCCCUGUGGGAUCUCAUUCCUCCAUCAUCCUCCCCUUCAGGAACCCUACUGAACACCCAGCCCUGCUGCACCUCAGACUCACAGACGAGGAACCCGGUCAGAAGAGAUCAAGCCAGUCCUUCAUCUGUGACAGGAAAGUGUUCUGCAUCCCCCUCAAACAGACACAAGGUGUGCGUGUGUCUGCAGGGGCCAGUGUGGACAUUCCUGUGGUGUUUGCCCCUGACUCCAUGCAACUGCACCAGGCCUGGCUCCUGGUUCAGCUAGAGCCCCUUUUCAACUUCCCCUGCCUGGACUCACCACUCACCACGGCCCAGAGGGACAAGUGUGUGGAGGUAGAGAAGGACCGGGUGCGUGUGCUCCGCUGGGUCUACCCCAUCCAUGGCAUCCCAGAGGCCCCUCCUGAACCCUCUCGUCCAGCGGUGAUAGAAUGUGAGGCUCGCGGUCGAGUGGAGGAGAGAGUGGAGGUGCUGUUGACGGGAUGUGUUCCUGGCUCCUCCAUCAGCAACACAGACACAACUCUCAUCAGUGCCCCCUCCUCCAUCAGCAACACAGACACAACUCUCAUCAGGGCCCCCUCCUCCAUCAGCAACACAGACACAACUCUCAUCAGGGCCCCCUCCUCCAUCAGCAGCACAGACACAACUCUCAUCAGGGCCCCCUCCUCCAUCAGCAGCACAGACACAACUCUCGUCAGGGCCCCCUCCUCCAUCAGCAACACAGACACAACUCUCAUCAGGGCCCCCUCCUCCAUCAGCAACACAGACACAACUCUCAUCAGGGCCCCCUCCUCCAUCAGCAACACAGACACAACUCUCAUCAGGGCCCCCUCCUCCAUCAGCAACACAGACACAACUCUCAUCAGGGCCCCCUCCUCCAUCAGCAACACAGACACAACUCUCAUCAGGGCCCCCUCCUCCGGAACCUCAGCAGCAGGCUUCAGGCUGGCUCUAGAAGACUUCCUAUGUGAGGUGUGUUACAACAGUGAUGCUGAGCGGUCCCAGCUGGAGGGCUGUGUAACCCUGUCUCUACUGAACUGUCACCGAGACCCCCACUCUGGCAUCGUCUCUCUCACCAUCAACAUCAUCUUCACCCCUUACAAACCUCUCAGGUGUUCAGCUGUGCUGGCGGUUCAGUGUUUGACAGGUGGGCUCUGGAAGUUCCCCAUCAGCCUCAUCUCCACCGAGCCGCAGGUUGAUGACGUCAUCACCAUUAACGCUGCAGGGCUACACAAGACCUCUGCUGUGGGCUUCAGACUGACCAGCCAGACCAGGUACCCAGAGCCGUUCACAGCAGGGUUCCUGCCAGGUGGGGGCAGUGAGUUCCAGGUGUGUCCCUCCUCAGGUGAGCUCCUCCCAGUGGGGUCAGCCGGUACCCUCCUCACCGUCUCCUUCACCCCCUCCAUGUACAGCAAGAGACACCACGCUACGCUGCUGGUCCAGACAGCAGACAUGCAGUGGACGUACGAGGUGAAAGGAACCACGCCUGCUUACACCCCACCCCACUCUGCCUCCUCCAAUGGGAACACCUCUUCCAGGGAAGUCCCUCCCACUGAUGUCCGCCAGAGGAACUUUGUGUCCCGGAACCUUCAUCUCCCAGCUGUGGCUAACUCCUCCCCCAUCAAACACAGAGCCUCUGCCUCGCAGAUCAGAUAGAGAGAUCAUUCUCACACUACACCCCCACCCCAUCCCUGUGUCAUACAGGAGGGUUGAAUAAUUAAAGUGCCUGUACUUCACCUCGUUGUCAUAAUUACAUUUCUGUUGACCUCUGA